GGUUUUGGACUAUCACAAAUAAAUACAAAUAAUUAGAAAUAUGGAAUAAUUACAAAAACCAAUAUAAAUAAAAAAUUAAAUAAAGAAGAAGAAGACGACGACGCAGCUUCAAUUUCCACCACACACACACACACAGCAUUCUCUUUUUCUUGGCCAAUGGCCAUUUUGGUGGGUAGCAGUAGCAGGAUUUGUCUAAUGGAAGCGGCUUUAUCUCUCUCUCUAUCGCUCUCGAAGCCUGCUCAUAGGCUCCUCCACCAUUUCUCUCCCAGAUGCACUCUCUUCUCCCUCAAUCCUCAUUUGCAUCGCCACCAUGCUCUGCCGAGGAGGCCCCGAUUCUCCGCCGUCGCUACUCAACUCACAGAGACUCCCCCGCCCACUGCUGCGCCGCCGCCGCCGCCGCCGCUUGUUCUCCCCACUAACCAGUCCUCCCAGAGACUCCUCAGGAUUCGCCACACGUGCGCUCAUGUGAUGGCCAUGGCUGUUCAAAAGAUCUAUCCAGAAGCAAAAGUCACAAUUGGUCCUUGGAUAGACAAUGGUUUCUACUACGAUUUUGAUGUGGAGCCUCUCACUGACCAGGACCUUAAGAAGAUUAAGAAGGAAAUGGAUCGCAUUAUUGGUAGGAAUCUGCCUUUAGUUAGAGAAGAAGUUAGCAGAGAUGAAGCAGAGAAAAGGAUUAUGGCCAUCAACGAGCCCUACAAAAUGGAGAUUCUUGAGAGCAUUAAAGAGGAGCCCAUCACUAUCUAUCACAUAGGUGAUGAAUGGUGGGAUCUUUGUGCUGGCCCUCAUGUUGAAUCUACAGGUAACAUCAAUAGAAAAGCUGUUGAGCUUGAAUCUGUUGCUGGGGCUUACUGGAGAGGAGACGUAACUAAGCCAAUGCUGCAACGAGUGUACGGCACAGCAUGGGAGAAUGAGGAACAACUCAAAGCCUACCUUCACUUCAAGGAGGAGGCAAAAAGGCGGGAUCAUCGUCGGAUAGGUCAAGAUCUUGAUUUAUUUUCUAUACAGGAUGAGGCGGGUGGGGGAUUGGUUUUUUGGCAUCCCAAGGGUGCUAUCAUGAGACACAUAAUUGAAGAUGCCUGGAAAAAGAUUCACUUACAGCGUGGCUAUGAUCUCCUCUAUACUCCACAUGUGGCAAAAGCAGAUCUCUGGAAGAUUAGUGGUCAUCUGGACUUUUACAAAGAGAACAUGUUUGACCAGAUGGAGAUAGAGGAGGAACUUUAUCAGCUUCGACCAAUGAAUUGUCCUUACCAUAUUUUGGUCUACAAAGCACAGCAACAUUCCUACAGGGAUUUUCCAAUCAGGGUUGCUGAGCUUGGAACAGUGUAUAGAUAUGAGUUGUCUGGAAGUUUACAUGGUCUAUUCCGAGUAAGAGGAUUUACCCAGGAUGAUGCCCACAUCUUUUGUUUAGAGGAACAAAUCAAAGAUGAAAUCAGGGGUGUCCUGGAUCUUACAGAGGAAAUACUGCUGCAGUUUGGUUUUGACAAGUAUGAAGUGAACCUGUCGACAAGACCAGAGAAAUUUGUUGGAGGUGAUGAAAUAUGGGACAAAGCAACCGUUGCUCUAAAGGACGCUCUAAAUGACAAAGGCUGGAGUUAUCAGAUUGAUGAUGGUGGUGGUGCUUUUUACGGCCCCAAAAUUGAUCUCAAAAUAGAGGAUGCUCUGGGAAGGAAGUGGCAGUGCUCGACCAUACAGGUUGAUUUUAAUUUGCCUGAGCGAUUUGACAUGACAUAUGUGGACUCUGAUCAAGAGAGAAAGCGACCAAUCAUGAUACAUAGAGCAAUUCUUGGAUCGUUGGAGCGGUUCUUUGGAGUUCUUAUAGAACAUUAUGCUGGAGAUUUUCCAUUAUGGUUGUCUCCAAUUCAGGCGCGCUUGUUACCCAUAACUGACUCACAGUUGGAUUAUUGCAAGAGAGUGGUUGAAAGAUUGAAAGCUGAUGGGAUUCGGGCUGAAAUAUGCAACGGGGAAAGGAUAUCGAAACUUAUUAGGAGCUCAGAAAAGCUUAAGAUUCCAUUGAUGGCUGUAGUUGGAGCAAAAGAGGUUGAAAGUGAGACAGUGACUGUUAGAUCUAGGUUUGGUGGAGAGUUGGGAACCAUGGCGGUUGAUGAGUUUGUCACCAGAAUCAAGCAUGCAAUUCAAGACAAGACUUCCUUUUAAUUCAAGGGUUUUCAACUGUAAUACCUCAGUUUUAGCAUAAUACCUCAGUUUUAGUAGUUAGAUUAUUUUGAACCGUAAAUAUUUCAAAGAUAUAAAAGGUGUUUUAGUUGUUUUA